UAUGUGGUCUGAAUCGACGUUAUUUAAGGUACGUCCAUUAGGUCAAUGUUCAUUUCCACUCUACAGACUUCGGAAAAUUUGUUGACCUUCCCGGAAUCUCUGCCGUCCAUUCCAGGUUUCUGGAAAUGACACACGUAUGAACUGGCCGACUCGCCGGCAUUCUGGAGGCUCACGUGCACCGUGUCGGAGGGAAGAUGUCGCGGAUCGGUGCUCCGUGCUGCAGGAGGCGGGACACGUGGCUCUCCCUGUGGGGAUUGGAAAAGUCGGUGGCAAAGUUUCGUUUACAUGGAAAUGAGCUGCAGAUUUAUGUGUCCCGUACGCAGUGCCUACAGCAGGAGGCACUUCCUGGUUCUAACAUCUGCUGCUGGUGAAAAUGAAAGAAACUCCAGCGUUCAGUGAAAGAACGGUUAACGAUCCCGAGAGUGGUGAAAUCGGCUUCAAUUUACCCUUUCACCCAGACAAAAUAUAACAUAUUUUUGCAGAGUAGUCAGUUUAUCAGAAGAGCAAAAUUAAGUAAUUGCUUUAAUGUCAUUUUAUGUAGAAGCCUGGCGUUGGAGUUAGUACAAUUACAUAUUCAUUCGCUCUAUUCCGGGCCUCUGCGAUUGGAAAGCUAAUUGCCUACAUUAUUAAGUCACGACUUCUAUAACAAGGAGAUUAUCCCUGGAGAUUAGGCGAAGCGUUUAAAGUGACGCAGAAGUGCUAAGGGUGAGGGAUGUCCUCAAUAAACCGAUAACCCAACUGGAGAAAAGAGGUUACAGUUGGAAAAAGGAUGGUCAGAAGUAAAAUUGUGUUGGAAAAGCAAGCGCCGUGUUGUUGAAGGAGACGGUCGCAGGUGCCUGGUAACCCUGUCAGAGAGUGAAAUUUUACAACCUGGGUAUAAAGUUGUCACAAAGUUCGCCCAGCUGCGGUCUGUGCUGAAGAGUUAGCUCUGACUGCAUCGCCAUCACCCAUUCCAACUUUGCCAAUUAACGAACACCCACUGUGCCCUCCCCUGGCCCUCCUCUAGGACGAGUGCCUCGCAAUGAACCUGAUGCAAAAACCCACAACCUCAUCCAAGGCUGUCACAUCACUCACUGGCUUUUUGCCGGGGUUUAAGGUGAUUCUGAUGUCAUUUGCUGGGUUGACUUUAAAAGCCGCGCGAUGGGUUCAGGGCCGGAAGAACGAUCCGGGUUGCGACCAGGAGAAGGGUCGAGCUCUGAACUCGCAGCUCCAGCAUGGGCGCCAGCUUCAUCCACCACGCUCUUGUGAUACUGCAGCUCGCCGCUGCCCUCGGCUCCUCACUGGGCAGAUACACUCCCCUGGUCAGGCUUGAUAUAGAUUCAGGACCCCAACAGGACUGGGGUCAGCAGAUCCGAUUCAAGCACCUGUACGUGGAAGGCAACAACAAGCACUUGCAAAUCAACCCCGAUGGACACAUCGACAGCUCACACACUCAGAACUUUUACACUCUGGUGGAGAUCAAAGCGGUGGAGCCUGGACAGGUGGUGAUCCGAGGGGUGAGGACAGGCCGGUACCUGUGCAUGGACGCUUGGGGACACAUCUUUGGAUCGACAACCUACCGUGAAGACGAUUGCAACUUCAACGAGGAGCAGUUGGAAACGUUUUACAACGUGUAUCACUCGCCGAGGCACAAGAAGGUGCUUUCUCUGAGUGUGGACAAGCAUCCGUACAACCCCGACAGAGAAAUGCCUCCUCUUUCUAUGUUUUUGCCUCGAGAAAACGAGUUGCCUACCCCUACGCACAGCAGGCGGGCACCGGAGAUGGUGACUAACGACCCCUUUCAGAUGAGGUCCGUACAGCAGGCAAGUUCUAAACAGCUCAGAGUUAGCAGAGGGUAAAGGGACGUUCCCGCCGUUUCAAGGGUUUAAAAAUCCGAUCUCUGCGAUGACAUAGGUCAAAAGUACCGUUCCUUGGGUUCGAUUCUGCUUAAUAAUUACCUUGCACGGCCAACUUAGUUCGGAAUGGAAAAGAAACGUAAUCAUAGGCGCGGGCCAGCUGAAGGACUGCUGGCACAGUUAAGGCAGGAGAUGGCGGUGGGUUGAAGCGGUCCUUAAUUAAUCGUGCUACGACCACAAAGAUUCCGUUGGAAUAUUCAGUUGUGUUUUACGCGCUUCCAGGACCUUAAUUUCAAUCACUCUCUCUGCUGUUUAUUUGAUACAUUGGUCGGCUUUUGUGUGUAAGAAAAAACAAAUGCCUUUUACCAGUUUAGUCGAAAUCCUGUUUAAAGUAUUGCUGACAUUCUUCCCAUUACUAUGUACAAGGCCGCCUUUCAGAUGUGACCCUUCCAAGUUUCCGGAAACUUAUUCAUAUCUCUGAACUCAUCGCCUUCUCGGUGCCCUGCCUAAGAAUUUCGAAUUUCUCCUGAGGAGAAAUGGGUGUGGUACUCCAACCAAAGCAAAUGGAAGAGUAAUCAGCUCGUUCUCUGCAUUGACCUUUAUAAGACGUUUAGUGGCCUGUGCAUUUUAAUAAGCCUUACAGACACUUUGGCUUAAUUUGCGGUGACUUUAAACCAUUGAGGAAUUUGUAUGACGCCCAUUCCUCCCUUCCUUCAUUCGGUGGCCUGCCCCACUCACACAUUAACUCCAACUCCUUCCAAUGACUUCAUAGACUUGAUAUUUUUGGAAUAUGUGGCUACUGUGCCUUGAGGAACCUGAACCAGCUUGUCAACAUCAGCCAGCAGUGGCAUUAGUCUCAAUACUAUGGCCUGGCUAUCACGCAACCCUUCAACCUUGACAUAACCUCUCCAGCCAGCACAGACUUUUUGUACUCUUCAACUCCUCUCUUUUCAUGUCCUGCCUAUCUUAAAGUUUGAAUUGAACUCAUUGCUUUCUGUGCAAGGCUUUGUCAGAUGUCUCUGGAAUCCUUUGAAAUCAAACUAAAACCCUUGGAUUGCUGCUUCUCAAAAGGGGGCAGAAUGAGCAGAUUCUUUCCCUUCCAAAUCCCAGUGGGGUGAAUGGCCUUCCCAUCUUGGGAUGCUUCCUAAUUUAAUAGAUAUUGGAGAUCAGAAGGACAAUGUAAAUGCUUUUUAUUUCACAUAUGCAAAUAACUUGAAUCACUCCUGCAUAUAAAGUAGGCUAAUCUCAUGCAUGGAAUUGUAUUGCCUACUCUGAAUUAUCUAUUUAUUUAAAUUAUUGCUGUCAAUAUUUAUAUUUAUAUGUAUAUGCAACUACUUUUUAUAAGAAGUUUUUUAACUUAAGUGGUGAUUUGUAUGAUGGUGAUAAUAAAGCAAUAAAAGAAAAUAAAUGUUCAGUAUUGGAAUUUUCCAUUUCAAAGAUUCAAAGCACAUUUAUCGAAGAACAUAUAAAUUAUACUCUUGAAAUUUUUCUGCUUAAAGGCAACCACAGAGCAAGGAAUCCAAAUAGCCCAAUAUAAAAAGACCAAAAGCUACUGUGCAGAGAAAAAGAGAGAAAAUAAAACACACAUCAUGCAAACAGUAGAAGCAAAUCAACAGCAUACUGAACUAUGCAUUUGUUUGAAUACAAACGUUUGUAAUUACUCAAGGACCCUUGAUAGUAAUUUAAUAUUGUAAUCCAAUUAACUAAAUGGACAGUUUGCCAUUGAUAGCUUUUAACAGCACUGCUCUGAAUAAACUGUAAUUAAGUACAUCCUUCAAACUCUAUUAGCUUAUAUUUUUGUCAAUAAUUUCCUUGGGGCAAAAAUCUUGAAACUCGUAAUACAAC